UUACAUUAGCUAAAUUGUGAUGAAAAUUCAAUUGCUUUAACGUGGAUCAACAAUAAUAUUUUUCAAGAGGGUGUAUGGUUGAAGUUUGGCUGGCUUUCGCUCUAAGAAGAAUUCCACUAGAGUUAAGUAUUAUUUACCUGUAAUCAUGCGAUUUUUGUCAAGUUUCUUACUCUUGGAAAUUUGUCUUUACCGAUCAUUUGAAGUUUAUGCAGGCGAAUGUACGUGGCGCCAAUCUCCUCACAAUUUAUCACCGAAUUUGCGACACACUUCGUCAAAACUUGAUUUUCAUCCUUUGAGGAGACAAAGCAAGAUUGUAUAACUUCAAAAAAGUGUCUUGGAAUAUUCGGGCCUACACUACCAACGAAUGAUUCGGUUUAUCGCGUGAUAGAAAGUUUAGAAAAUGAAGAAAACGAAAACGAUUUUUUAAAUAAAACUUGGAUCAAAAUAUGCAAAGAUUGUCAAAGAUAUUUCAUUCAUUUUACAUCGACAGAAUUACAAAAUCAAAAAAACAACGCUAUGUACGUAGAGAUACCAUGGGAAUUUGAAAAGCAAAUCACUAGUCUUACAAUAUGUUUUUGGAUAAAAAAUUCAGCAAACCCUGAAAUGAGCUUUGAUGGUGAAUUGCUCGCAAUUUUUGACAAAGACGAAAGCAAGAAAAUAUUAUCGAUUUCGGGUAACAAAAAACAAAUAGCCUUAUUUUUGACAUUAGAAAAGGGAAUUCAAUUCGAGUUUUGGAUAUCUGCUUUUCUUUCAAAUCAAUGGAACGAAAUAUGUUCCACAAUUAGCUCUUCAGAAGCGGUCGCAGCUUUGUACGUAAACGGAGAAGCUGUAGGUGCCGAGGUAAAUCACAAAUUGAAAUCGUUUGUAAUACCAGAUACUAUAAAUAUUGUCGUCGGUGAAAAGCAAAACUGCAAUUUAGAGGAAUGUAAUUUUUUCAACAAUUUUCAUGGUUCAAUGUACGGAUUAAACAUGUGGGAUAUUUCUCUAUCUGAAAAGGAAAUUACAAACAAUUAUGAAAAACAAAAUACCGAUUGUGAAUGCAUUUUGGGAAAUAUAAUGUCUUUUACGCCUUGGAGUAACUCGAACGAUAUUUCGAGAUCUAAAAAUGACACGUUGAAGAUUUUUGGUCGGGCUGCUGUGUCUGCGUUUUAUCAAGCGGAAGGAAAUAUAGAAAUAUUUGGCAUUUCAAACUCGUGUCUCAUAUUGAUAAGCGAAGAGGAAACAACGUCAUUUGUUCCUGUCAACAACAGAUUUACUCAGAAUACAAACUCAAAAUCAUCGAUGAUUAACAUCAUUGUUCCUUUAUGUUGUGCAAUCGCAAUAAUCAUCAUACUCGCAUGCUUUAUCCUGUGGUUUUUAUGUUGUAAAAGGCAGAAUAAGCAGAACAUUGUGUUGCAAUCUGACGCCAAGAUAACAGAAUACGUGGAUCUACCACCUGAAACUACCAAGGCAAGUCGUAAUAAAGUUAUUAAAAACAAAUACGUCGAUGAAAACAAUAAACCAAAAACACGUCAGCGAAGAAAUGAUUUACCGGGGGUCAAGAGUCACAUAAAUUUGUUCCUUGACCCGCAUCACCGACCGAGGAAUGAUUCGCCUACAUUUUCGCGGAAACAGUCAACAAUUCACAGGGAGCAUAUAUAUGAAGAAAUUCAUCCCAAAUACGUGCCGAGUAUUUUGAAGAAUUGCUCAAUAAAAGAGAGAAAUAGACCUGGUGUCGAAACAAUUGAAGAAAAUGCUGAUAUUUUCAGCACACAAGUUUAUUAUUCCAUGCCCCCUGAAGACAAUUCAAGGCCGCCUAUGAAUUCUUUGUAUGAGUUACCACUAGAGUCGACUUUCAUUAAUUCUUUAGCAACUGGGGAUAUACAUUAGUAAAGAGUUCUAUAAUCUUUGGUAUAUAAAUGAGCUCAAGAAGAUAAGGCCGUGUUCGAGUUUCAAUCUAGUAAGCAAUCGGACAAACCAAACACGUGGUUUGAUUGCACAAACUUCUGAACAAUUCGGACCUAUCAUGUCCAAGUAACUGCUAACUCGGUAUAAUGCUGAAUUGUGAAAAAAAGAUUUACAUUUCCAUUUGUCGGCAAUAAGGCCAUGAACUUGACAACUUCACUGGAUCUUGAGAGAUUUCAACGGAUAGUCACUCUUGUACUGAAAAAUUCACUUGGCUAACACAGACAGUCCUCGAACUAAAAUAAGGAAAAUCAAAAUGAAAUUAUGACCUAACCCUAACCUGGUACACACACUGCGGGAGUACCCAAAUUUUCACAAAGACAACUUAUAAUCCUCGUUAAAAUAGAGUUAUACUGAAUUGAGGCGAAAUGUAUUGAAAACUAAAUAACGCAGAAUUCCUUAAAUGUAUUACUGUAUUUAGUUUGAAUGCUUUAUAUUAAUGAACAGAUUUUUUUAAUUAGCAUACUGAUAAAAUAAAAAUUGACAUACCAAGUGUAAUUUCCUGUAGCAUCCUACCCCGAUCAAGCAAUUAUGCUAAUUUUAAACCCCAGUUACAUAUUUUUUU